AUGGUCUUACCUUACGAACCAGAAUUCCAACAAGCUUACGAUGAAUUAGUCUCUGCUAUUGAAGACUCUACUUUGUUCCAAGAAGAACCAAAAUACAAAAAAGUCAUCCCAGUUGUUUCUGUCCCAGAAAGAAGUGUCCAAUUCAGAGUUGCUUGGGAAAACGAUAAAGGUGAAAUUGAAGUCAACCACGGUUACAGAGUCCAAUACAACUCUGCCUUGGGUCCAUACAAAGGUGGUUUGCGUUUCCACCCAACCGUCAACUUAUCCAUCUUGAAAUUCUUGGGUUUCGAACAAAUUUUCAAGAAUGCUUUGACCGGUUUAUCCAUGGGUGGUGGUAAAGGUGGUUCCGACUUUAACCCAAAGAACAGAUCCGAUAGUGAAAUCAGAAGAUUCUGUGUUGCUUUCAUGAGACAAUUGGCUAGAUACAUUGGCCCAGAUACUGAUGUCCCAGCUGGUGAUAUCGGUGUUGGUGGUAGAGAAGUCGGUUUCAUGUUUGGUGCCUACAAGCAAAUGCAAAACAACUGGGGUGGUGUUUUGACCGGUAAAGGUUUGUCUUGGGGUGGUUCUUUGAUCAGACCAGAAGCCACUGGUUACGGUUGUGUCUACUAUGUUGAAAAAAUGAUUGAAAAAGCCACUGAUGGUAAAGAAUCAUUCAAAGGUAAAAGAGUUGCCAUCUCCGGUUCUGGUAACGUUGCCCAAUACGCCGCCUUGAAGGUUAUUGAAUUGGGUGGUAUUGUUGUCUCCUUGUCUGACUCCAAGGGUUCCAUCAUCUCCAAGAACGGUAUCACUGUUGAACAAGUUCAAGCCAUUGCCGCUGCCAAAUUGAAAUUCAAAUCUUUGGAAGAAAUCACCAAAGAAUCCGUUCAAUUGUUCUCCGGUGACAACUCUGUUGAAUACUUGGCUGGUGUCCGUCCAUGGACUAAAGUCGGUGCUGUUGACAUUGCCUUGCCAUCUGCUACCCAAAACGAAGUCAGUGGUGACGAAGCUAAAGCUUUAGUUGAAGCUGGUUGUAAAUUCAUUGCUGAAGGUUCCAAUAUGGGUUCCACCAAAGAAGCUAUCGAUGUUUUCGAAGCCAACAGAGAAUCCAACGGUGUUUGGUACGCUCCAGGUAAAGCUGCCAACUGUGGUGGUGUUGCCGUCUCUGGUUUGGAAAUGGCCCAAAACUCCCAAAGAGUUCAAUGGACUCAAGAAGAAGUUGAUGCUAAAUUGAAGGACAUCAUGUACACUUGUUUUGAAAACUGUUACCAAACUGCUCAAAAAUACUCUGUUGAAAAGAACAGCAACGGUUUGCCAUCUUUGUUGAAGGGUGCCAACAUUGCUGGUUUCAUCAAGGUUGCUGAUGCUAUGUUUGACCAAGGUGAUGUUUUCUAA